CCAUUGUUACGGUUACGGGCGAUCACAUAGCGCACCUGUUUUACGCGCCCCCCUCUUCAUUUCUUCUUGCGUUUCUUCGUCGACGGUCUCGCGUAUCUUCCGCGAUUCGACAGUUUUGUUAACUCGCCGCUCUAGUGAAAUGGUCUACUGUUUUCGCAUAGUUUCCCUUCCAACGCGGAAUCCGUGAUCGCUACCGAGGGUACCCUUGCCCUUCCGGUUCGCUGGUUCAAAGUUUUGGUGGUAUUCGAGAACGAACGAACGAAGAUGAACGCGUCUUGGAAUGCGCUGCGGAUUUUGUUGUUCGUCCACGUCGUAGAGUACUGCCGGUGCAUGUGCUCCUACGAAUACGGCAGGGCGCCGUGUUCGUACGUCCCCGCGCCCCCCGGAAAAACCCCGCCCUGCGCCAGGCCCGGAUUUACCUACUGCGAGAAUCCGGAUCAUUAUCCUAGUCACUUGAUACAUCAUCUAGUCCAAAAAUGGAAGUUUAACCACCAAAGUCUGAUAAUAGACGAGGCCAAAGACGAAUUCACCGCCUAUUACUAUCCACCUCCGCCGACCAUCUACGGGUCACCGCAAUACAUCCCGAAUCACGUCAACAACGACGAAGGAUACCAUUAUCCAGAACCCAUUUACAUUUCCAAACCUCAGCACACGUUCCCCGAACAGGGAGGAUUCUAUAUUCCGCCCAAAGUGUUCCCGCCAACUAAUUUCACGUUGGGCUUCAACGACCAGUCGGGUAAAGAUGGCGGGACGUUCCUCACUUACAAAUACACGGGCAAUUUUCCUCUUCCGCAAGGUACGAAAAAUCACUACAGUACCGUACCAUACCAGCCGCCGGUUUUCCCCUCACAGACAACUGCUUACAGUCCCAUCAACGAGCUUUGGAAAAGAAACGAGAGAGGCAAAAGAUCGUUGCGACGAAGAAGAAGAUUCUCGCUCAAUACAAAUCUAAACUCGACGUCCCUGUCUCUUGCCAGAAAUAAGAGGCAGAGUACAGUGACCGGUCAGACGCUGUGCAGAAGCAGGUCAAACUUCAUCAUGCCGAGGGCGGCUCUAAACAGCAAAGGCAAUUGGAUGUACGUGGUCAACAUGCCGGAAGUCGAUAGCCGCUAUACCCAAUUAGUUAAGAGCGAAACCUGCGUGGAUCAAAACUGUAACGGUUUAUGCACGCUUCCCCAAGGUUACUCUUCGCGGUGCGAGCAAAAGUACGUUCAAAAACGGCUCAUAGCCCUCGACGGCAGCGGAGGCGACCUCUACAGCGACACGUUUUGGUUUCCUAGUUGUUGCGUGUGCACCAUAUCGAACACUUAAUUACGUGUCAAAAUGGUUGGGCAUUCCCAGCCCUGACGUUCAAACUAGGUUACCCACUUGAGACUGCGCAAAUACACAAUUUAACGAUUCAACCACCUUAAAUAAUUCCAUGAGCAUGGCUCAUUUUUAUACCUCUAUUAUAACUUUUUUUUGUAAUAAAAAUAUCAAAAUUUAAUAGGACGUAUAGAUUUUCAUUUUUAAGUAAACAAAAGAGCAACGUUUUUAUUUUAAAUUGCAUGCUGUAUAUUUUUUUAUACCAGUAAUAAUUUUUGAUUAAAUCUGCUUUCUUGUUGAUAAUAAAAACAUUUUAAAUUUAAAUAACUGUUAUGAACUUAACUUAUUUAAAUAGGAAAAUUAAAUAAAAAUAAUAUGCAGUUUGGAGAUUAAUUUAAUUUAAAAAAAAUGUUUUCUUGAAAACCCCUAUUGAAUUUGAGAAAAAUGUCCAUAUAUAUAUCCACUUCGAAUAUAUAGUUGAAAAAGUUGAAAAAUUCUAACCUGUGAUCAUCAGAAAUACCUAUCCAAUUAUGUCCUCGCAAGUAACAAGGCAAGGCCAAGACGUGCAUGCGUCAGAAGUGCGAUCAAAUAACCGGCAACAGGGCAGAUUCAUUGGCUCGAGGAUGAAAAAUGAAUUUUGAUGAAACGUCGUCAAAAUGAUUUAUGACCUGUGUAUUCGAGGUAUGUGAGACAAACGCCCAUUUGCUGUGAUUCGUCUUUGGUCCUUUUAGUAAAUGCAAGCAUUGACUGUGUAUAGUUUAUCUCAUAUGUAAAAUUGAUUUUGUAAAAAUUGUAGAUUAUUCUUGUUGCGAUUAAACGUGUACUAAGGAUUUAAUUUGUAUAGAAAAUUAUUUAAUUUAUUAAUUGUUUUCACCCCUUAGGUAGACAGACUUUGGUAAAUAUUAUAUUU